CCGUGGUGUUCGGCAUGCGGCUGGAGGGCACCGACCGGCCGCUGUUCGAGCUGGAUGAAGCGGAGGAAGCGGGCGUGCUGCAGGUGGAAGAAGGCGCCAACAUCGUGCUGCGCCUCUACGGUCUGGGCUUGAGCCCCCGCGCCUACCAGGGGAUCUAUUUCGCCGAGGUGGGCAUGCCUGGCACCGCUACCACCACCAAUGCCACCUGGGCCAGGAGUGCCAAUGCCACCUGCCCGGAGAAGACCCAGGACCUGGUGGUGCAUGCCCACGCCGGCCUCAGCCGCUCCACCUCGGCCCUGGUGGGCGUGAAAGUGCAGCGGCUGCGCAAGGCCGAACGCUCCAAGCUCUAUGUGCUGUGCACGCGGAGCGAUCCCGCGCAGCCCUGGCUGCGCCUGGAGGGUGAGGAUGCCUUCCUGCGGGUGGUGGAGGAGAAGCAGCACCUGCUCCCUCUCUGGCUGCAGAUCCUGCUGCUGUUGGCCCUGCUGGUGCUCUCUGGCAUGUUCAGCGGGCUGAACCUGGGCCUGAUGGCACUGGACCCCAUGGAGCUGCGCAUUGUGCAGAACUGCGGCAGUGAGAAGGAGAAGCGUUACGCCCGCAAGAUCGAGCCCAUCAGGCGCAAGGGCAACUACCUGCUGUGUUCCCUCCUGCUGGGCAACGUCUUCGUCAACACCACCCUCACCAUCCUCCUGGAUGACUUGAUUGGGUCGGGCUUGGUGGCCGUCAUUGUAUCCACCUCAGGCAUCGUGGUCUUUGGGGAGAUCGUGCCCCAGGCGCUCUGCUCCCGCCAUGGUUUGGCCGUGGGGGCCAACACCAUCAUUCUCACCAAGUUCUUCAUGUUCUUGACCUUCCCCAUCUCCUACCCGGUCAGCAAGAUCCUUGACUUUCUCUUGGGUCAAGAAAUCGGCACCGUCUACAACCGGGAGAAGCUGGUGGAGAUGCUGAAGAUCACAGAGCCUUACAACGAUCUGGUCAAGGAGGAGCUGAACAUGAUCCAGGGAGCCCUGGAGCUUCGGACCAAGACGGUGGAGGGCGUCAUGACCCCCAUUCACGACUGCUUCAUGAUCGACAGUGACGCUAUCUUGGAUUUCAAUACCAUGUCUGAAAUCAUGGAAAGCGGCUACACCCGUAUCCCUGUCUUCGAAGAGGAACGGUCCAACAUUGUGGAUAUCCUCUACAUCAAGGACUUGGCUUUUGUGGACCCCGAUGACUGCACCACCCUCAAGACCAUCACCAAGUUCUACAACCACCCGGUCCAUUUUGUCUUCCACGACACCAAGCUGGACGCCAUGCUGGAGGAAUUCAAGAAGGGUAAAUCACACCUGGCUAUUGUUCAGAAGGUGAACAAUGAAGGGGAAGGAGACCCCUUCUAUGAAGUUCUGGGAUUGGUAACAUUGGAAGAUGUCAUUGAGGAGAUCAUCAAAUCGGAGAUCCUGGAUGAAUCGGACAUGUACACCGACAACCGCACCAGGAAGCGUGUGAGCCACAAGAAUGACAAGAAAGAUUUCUCCGCCUUCAAAGACAACGACUCGGAGUCCAAAGUGAAGAUUUCUCCGCAGCUGCUACUGGCUGCUCACCGCUUUCUCUCCACUGAGGUGACGCAGUUCACACCUGCUUUCAUUUCGGAAAAAAUCCUGUUGCGCCUUCUCAAGCACCGUGACGUCAUCAAUGAGCUGAAAUUCGACGAGGAGGACAAGAAGUCUCCCCGGCAUUUCCUCUUCAACCGGAACAAACCAGCCGAUUUCUUCAUCCUCAUCCUUCAGGGCAAAGUGGAGGUAGAAGCCGGGAAGGAGAACAUGAAGUUUGAAACUGGACCGUUCUCUUAUUACGGAGUGACGGCUUUGAGUCCAGCUGUCACAA